AUGGGAUUAAAUAGAUUAGAUGAAUUAAGCAAUAAGAAUGCACACGUGAACAAGUCCCGUGAAGACAUCGCUCAAACAUUCUCCUGCGUCGGAAGUGUCAUAGAAAAAUGUUCUCUCGCCUCCAAGAAUUCGUGUGCAUGGAGAGAGGUUGAAGUUCGCCCAAGGUCCAAGGUUUGGACUUCGAAGAAAGAUAUAAACACAUACG